GGGGGGCCGGGCGGCCGGACCUCCCACCCCGGACCGCGCCAUGACCACCACCACCACCUUCAAGGGCGUCGACCCCAACGGCAGAAACAGCUCCCGGGUGCUGCGCCCUCCGGGCGGUGGGUCCAACUUUUCCUUGGGCUUCGACGAGCCAAAAGAGCAGCCAGUGAGAAGGAACAAGAUGGCGUCCAACAUCUUUGGGCCCCCAGAGGAAAACCCCCCUUCUUGGGCCAAGUCGGCAGGAGCCAAGGCCAGCGGUGAUAAGGAGGACCCCGAGCCCCCCGCACUCCAGAGAAGAAACUCGUCCGAAGCGAGCGCCGGAGACUUCCUGGACCCGAAGGGAGAAGCUAGCAUCCACGAAGAGCCAGAGUCCGAACUCCCCGCUGCCCCAGGACAGACUGAAGAGAAGCCUGUGCCUGCUGCUCCCGUCCCCAGCCCUGUCGCCCCGGCCCCAGCCCCGUCCAGGAGAAAUCCACCUGGGGGCAAGUCCAGCCUCGUCCUUGGCUAAGCCCCCACCCUCUAUCCCCACCCACCCACCCAUCCACCUCCCUGUGCUUGUGAACUGCACAACUUGAGCCUGACUGUUCAUCUCCCAACAUUGUUUCAUUAAAGAGAAGCACUUUAUGUACCACUGUCUUUUUUUAAGAACCAGCCCUCCCACCCCCCUCCACUGUGGCCCCUCCAUCUGUUCUGUCUUCCCCACCCCCACCCUCCGCCCGGGUCUGCGGGAUGUGACGUAACUGUUCUCUAGAAGUAGAUUUGAAGGCCCGCUUUCCCAGGCGUAGCGAUGUGUUUCCAAGAAUAAAAAGCUGAUUCUCAA